GAUGUCAUGCGUAUGAUAUAGGCCAUGGAGACGUUCCGCCAAACAGUUAUAUGUAAUGAGAUUCUCUGCUGACCAGGAAAUUCCCGACCAAAAUGAAGAGAUCGCGUAUCUGAACCCAACGCCCAGUCAUCUGAUUUGCCGUCCGUCCGGGCCAAUGAAUUAUCCCUUGCGGCUAAUAUUUCAGCUGAUGAAUCCGAGAAAAUUCUGCCCAUAAAAAAAAAAGAAAGAUGGCCUCAUUUGAUAAUCUACCAGAAGAGAUUCUCAUGAAGAUCUAUACAUAUCUAACAAGCCCUUUUGACAAAGCACAUUUCGAAUGGGUUUGUAAGAGAUGGAAUGGUGCCUCCCGGGUUGUGUGGUCAAGUCUCACUUCUCUCGUCUUUUGUGAUUUACUGUAUUGUGAAUCAGAUGUAGAGCUUCCAGCGAUAGAUUAUGACCUUCUUCUGAACGAUACUUUGAGGAAGGGAUGCCGCAAUCUUAGGAAACUAGAUGUCAGUGGUUCUUCCGAGAAUCUUACUUCCGAAUCACUGUCACGCAUAGGAGAAAUCUGCACGGAAUUAAGGUACCUGGAUUUAUCAGAAAGCUUUGUGGACAAUGCAACCAUGGAAACCAUUUCCAUUGGCUGUCCAAAGAUCGAGAUUUUCAUUGCCCGGGAUUGUCGGAAAUUGAUGGAAAAUGGAGUGAAAAGUCUGUGUAUGAAUAGCAAGAAUCUGAUUUAUGUUGAUCUGCAUGGCAACGAGAGGAUGACUGGAAAGUGUUUCAGUGAGCUGAACCCAGGCUGUCGUGUGGUUAACGUGAUGGCAGGCUGGAAGAUAGCAAACAGGGCAAUCGACAUCUUGGCCUCGCGUUGUACAGAACUUGAGGUACUCAACUUCGGGUACUGUCGCCGAAUCCAGAUGAGACGCCUACCUGAUAUGUCUGCCGAUCGAUGGGUAGGACUUAACAAGCUGACCGAGAAAUGUCAGAAUCUUAAGAUACUUCAUGCGUGCGGAAGUUUAUCUGUCCCUCCUGACGACUUGUUGGAUCUGAAAAAUACUCAGCAUCUUCAAGUCCUAUGUCUACAAGGGCUUAAACAAUUGGAUGAUGUCCACCUCGAAGGUAUCGUCAAGUCCUGUCCAGCUCUGCAGGAGCUGAACAUCUCUGGGACUAUGUCAAUGGGAUAUGCUGUAACAGGGAAAGGCUUAACACAUCUAGCUCGGCUGCCUUGCCUUGAGAUUUUGAUACUCGGUGGACUCCUGCAACUGACCAAUGAUGGCCUGGAAUCCCUAGGAAAGAGGGGACUACUGAGGACUCUUUUCAUACGGGGUAAUACAAGGUGUGACGAUGAGGGUUUCUACCACAUAGCAAUGAACUGCAGUCAUCUUAAGUUUCUAGAUAUAUGUUAUAUGUCCUCUAUAACCUCAGCUACUCUAAAGGCAUUGAUAGAGGCGAGAGCAAUGCGGGAUGACGAGUACAAAAGUCCAACUCUGCAAAUUUUUGCUGAAGGUAGCGGCAUCACUGGAGAAGAAGUGCAAGCCUUUGAGCUGCAAGGAACUGGAAUUGAAGUGUUCUUUGACAGAGGCCUGGGGGAUACUGAGGCAGGUAUCAAAAACAACAAUCCUGGACACCAUGAAAUCUCUCCAGCUUUGUUAAACUUUAACAAAAUAUUGUAAUUUUAAGAAUCCACACAUACGAGACUUCUCAAAAUUGAGUUUUGUUUGGAGGGAUUAAAAAAAAAUUAUACAAGUCAUGUAUAAGCAAAAAGUACUAGUCUUGGAGCAUGUGUAGCAGUGUAGGGCCCAUGCUACUAGAUUUGCCCAUGCAAGUUCUCCUUGAGCAAGAGUAUGAAGUAGUCUUCAUGAAAGUAAAACUAUAUAAUCUUCUACUUCUUUAUGCAAUAAAAAAAAAAAAAACUUUUACUACAAGAGUGAACAAAUGAUGAUUUGACUUCAAAAGCUGCUUUUAUUGUUAUCAAAAUAAAGAAUUUAGGUAACCUCCCUGUACAGUUAGAAACACAAGACGGAUUAAACAUUUUGAACAAUACUGAAAUAUGAAAGCAAGCACCAUAUGUAAUUAAUCAAAACUCUCUUAAUGCAUUUUAACUAAGAUAUCUUAAAGUAUUGAAGCUCAUAAGGACAAAGCUUAGAACAAAGUUCAGCAACAUUCUUUGUACAGAAUCAAUGAGGCAUCAAAAAAUAACUUGCAGAGGUAAGGGAGUACAGACCAAUCUAAUUCUUUUAAAAACUUAACGCAAAUUAAAAAAACCUUGUGAAAAUUCUGCCCACAGUUACGCAUGAGAUGAUAUAUAACACAUUUCAUGACAUAAUAAUGAAAUCAUUGAUUGUUAGAAGUUUAUCUGUGCACUUUUGGACUACUUUUUUAAGACUAGAAGCAUACAAUGCACAUUUAUUAGCACACAUGGUUAUUUGUCUCACCAUCUACUCUUGAAACACUAUGAAAAACUCAACAAGGCUUUACUUUAAAUUGCAUUGACCCUGCAAUGAUUCUUCUCUUCCUUUAUAUAAUUUCCUAAAGUAGCAAACUUAAAAAAAAAAUAUAUAUAUCAAUGAAAGUUCUACAAAUAUUUGGCAAGUAUCACUGAACAGUUCCUAUAGAUUCCAUCUUAAAGCUAGUUCCUUAUAUAAUUUUGCAUCAUGAUAUCCAUCUGUCUUUUUUUGCUUGUAUGCCUACAAUUAAUAUUUUAGGUUUAUGAAAUAUGAUUCUUGUGAAUGCUUUUUGCAUGAUUUACUGAAUAUAUAUUCUUCUUUUAAUCUAUUCUUGCAUCUUUCGUUUCUUUCAAAUUUUCAUGAAUGUUGUAAAUCUAUCUUACAGAAAUGUGGAAAUAAACCAUUGGACUUUGAACCCUUCAUCAUAUCGCAUAUAUCAUCAGUGUUGUCCAUAUAAAUGCUCUGCAAAAAUAAGGAAAUUGCCAAAAUGUCAUUACUUUAUUUGUUUAACAUCUGAUUUUGAUGAAAUCAGUUCCCUCAUUUGCAUAAUGACCAGGAUGUGCGUGUCUUGUGGGGUUACACAACCAUUUCAAAAUGUCAUAACUAUCUUAAUUUACAUCAUAUUUUGAUGAUAUUUUCAAUGUUUGAUUUUUCUCUAUUUAUUAAAAUCAUCUACUAUUAUUUGUUGAGGCAGACAUAGCCUUUAAACAAUACAUGGAAUAUGAGUAACCUGCAGCCAAAGACUACAAAAGCUAACACACAUCCUCUUUGUUUUGUCAUUUCCUGCCAAAUCUGUUGAUUCUUCCACUUCGAGCAAUUUAUACAAUUACCACUGGUCCUACACAGUCACAAUCACUACAUUGUGGGGUGAAAACUUUAUAACACCUUCCAUACCUGCCAUCAAAAACACAUUUCAGCAUGAAUGUUGACAAAUUCUUCAACUCAUUCAUCAGUGACGCUUUCCUUGACACUUGCAAUCGCAGUAUUCUGCUAGAGAACCGUCCUUAAAAUUAAGAAUACUUCAUCAUUCCUGACUAAAAUCAUCAACAUCCAGGUUCAUCAGAAUAAAGUUACCAGCAGCCUAACUUUUUGCCUAAUACUUGCCAUUGCUCUGAUCUGUUGAAGGAUUGUCCUUCUUUACUGAGAACUUCACCUUUGCUCGCUGAGCUUGCUGAAAAAUCACAUGUAUAAGUCCUCAAUUUUUGUGGUUAUUGAUGCCUCAACUUUUACAUGCGUUUGCCAUGGUGUGGUAAAUGAUUGCCUUCCCACUGGUGAAGCAUGAUUUUAAUCUUGCUCACUGAAUCACCAAAAUUCAGACUAACCUGCAGGAAGUCCUCAGGGACACCAG